UGCUCCAGACACCCCCCUCCCAAGUAAUCUGCAUGGGGGGGUUGCUAACGAGAGCGACCCACAGGAUUCGGGCCGCCGCAGCAGCAGCACUGGCUGGGCGCGGGCUGGCGGCGCCUCCCCCCGCUGGAUCCCGAGCGCAAAGCCGUGCUCGCACCGCCCGCCUGCCCCGCGCCCUGCAUUACGCGCCUGCCCCUCCCCGCGCCGCCCACGUCCACAUUCACGCGUGCCGCCUCGCACUCUCGUGCGGCUGCUGGGUCACCGCUGCUGUCGGCUUUACACGCAGGUCAUUAACGAGGGGGCGUGUCCGAGGAGAUUUUUCCCAUAAAGCAUUUUUUCUCUUUUUUUUUUUCUCUUUUGCAAAACUGACUUUUACCCCUUUCCACUUCUCGCCAGCCGUUUCAAUUCCUCCUGGGCUGCCCGUGCUGCUGCUGCUGCUGCUCUCAAAUUUAUUUUCCCGCCUGGUAGGGGUUUUAGAAUUUGGUUGGUGGUUUCCACCUCUUGUUGCUGCUGUGCCCAAGGAGGGAAAGGGGAACAGCUGCGGGAGGCUCGGAAAGGUUUUCUGAUGUAGUCAUCGGGGAGGUGCCACUCGCUCGUGCGCUCUUUUUUUCCUCUCUCUCCAUUUCAAACUGAUUGAUGCGUCUCUACAAGUUGCUGGGCUUGGGGCCGAACCCGUCGGAGUCGCAGGGACACUUCUGAGAGCUCACUUGGGGCUCCUGGCAUUGCGUCUAGGGGUUGCGCCUAGGGGCUCUUUCUUGCUCCCGGAAGGCGAUCGGAGACUGACAUCAAUCAGCCCAUCCAGGAGUUGGAGGGAUUCGUUCGAAAGUGAUUGUUUCCCCUCCCGCUCUCCAACUGAGCUGUUGGGUUGGCGUCGUCCUGCAGGUUUGGGCAUCCCAGCUCCGCCUGGCUGGCUGGUAGGUGACCUCUGCUCUUCAUUCACUCUGGUGCACUCACACCCGACUGAGAAAAAGCACGCGCGAGAAAUCCCCGAGGCCAGCGCCUGCGGUGUCCUCUCCCGCCGCUGCCGCCGCAGUCCGACUCUGCCGGGGACCUGCUGGAAGAUACGGAGAGCCAAACUUUUUUUUUUCUUUUGGAGGUUUGCGAGGCAAGACCGCUCUUCGCCAGCUUAGUUGCCCCUUAACCAGUUCUAGGACGCCGGCAGGGCUGGAUUUGUGGCUACGGAUCCCCACCCUUCUCAGAGCACCGCCCCGAAUCUGCAACACCUACGACUCCUCCGAGAUUUCUAGGCGCUGUCCGGUUACAGCACAGAAGAGACCACAGGCGCGAAGCCCCCGAUCUACACGGAGCCCUCCUGCAGUUUCCCACCGGCUGCCAAAGUAACUUGGAGCGAAGCAGGGCGCAGUGUGAGGACCUUGGGCGGCGGAGACCAGUGCAGCCCGAGGCGCCAACGCUGAGCCGGGCCGGCGGGCCAGUGUAUGUCUCCCCGCGGCCGCGGCGCGCAACUCCCGGAGACUGUGCAGCGUGCGCCGCCGCCUGCCCCAACCCGAGCUGCUGCCGCUCGGCCCGGCGCGCACCUCCUUCUCCCCGGGUGACCGGCCUGCGGCCGCUUCCCUAAACACAGCUUGGCACUGCUUUCCCCGCCCUCGCCUCCGCCACCACACACUCGCUUGCUUCUCUUCAUCUUGUAAUUUCUUUUUUUCUUCUGAACCCUCCGGUUGGAAGUGCGAGUUGGUAUUUAGACCCUCCGCGCCACUGCCUCUUUUCUUCUCCCUCUCCUCCCCCUCCACAGUUUGUUGUGUGACUCUUUCUUUUCUCAUCCCUCUUCAUUUUUAUUUAUUCAUAUUUAUUUGGCUCCUGCUCUCUCGCUCUCUCCUUCCUUCCCUCUCUUCGGAUUCCUCCUCUCUCCCCGGAGUGGCGCGUCCGGGGCUCCGCCGCUGGCCAGGCGUGAUGUUGCACGUGGAGAUGUUGACGCUGAUGUUUCUGGUGCUCUGGAUGUGUGUGUUCAGCCAGGACCCGGGCUCCAAGGCCGUCGCUGACCGCUACGCCGUCUACUGGAACAGCAGCAACCCUAGAUUCCAGAAGGGUGACUACCACAUUGACGUCUGUAUCAAUGACUACCUGGAUGUUUUCUGCCCUCACUAUGAGGACUCGGUCCCGGAAGACAAGACCGAGCGUUAUGUCCUCUACAUGGUGAACUUUGAUGGCUACAGUGCCUGCGACCACACUUCCAAAGGGUUCAAGAGAUGGGAAUGUAACCGGCCUCAUUCUCCAAAUGGACCACUGAAGUUCUCUGAAAAAUUCCAGCUCUUCACACCCUUUUCUCUAGGAUUUGAAUUCAGGCCAGGCCGGGAAUAUUUCUACAUCUCCUCUGCAAUCCCAGAUAAUGGAAGAAGGUCCUGUCUAAAGCUCAAAGUGUUUGUGAGACCAACAAAUAGCUGUAUGAAAACUAUAGGUGUUCAUGAUCGUGUUUUCGAUGUUAACGACAAAGUAGAAAAUUCAUUAGAACCAGCAGAUGACACCGUACAUGAGUCAGCCGAGCCAUCCCGCGGUGAGAACGCGGCACAAACACCAAGGAUACCCAGCCGCCUUUUGGCAAUCCUACUGUUCCUCCUGGCGAUGCUUUUGACAUUAUAGCACAGUCUCCUCUCGUCACCUGUCACAGAAAACAUCAGGGUCUUGGAACACCAGAGAUCCACCUAACUGCUCAUCCUAAGAAGGGACUUGUUGUUGGUUUUUUGGCAAAUGUCAGAUUUUUGUUUUCUUUCUUUCAGCCUGAAUUCUAAGCAACAACUUGGGGCCAUGGGGGGCUAAAGUAGUUGCCGCCUCCCUCGCCCCAUCCCCAGCCCUUGCCCAUGACUUUUCUCACCCCUUCCAAAUUAAACGGACUCCAGAUGAAAAUGCCAAAUUGUUGUAGGGACGCUAGUGGUCAUCAGCGCCUGUGCAUUCUCCUCUAAGAGCUCACCUCCGUCAGUGCACUGUGUCAGCAGCAGGUGGUCGAGGAAGAAUAGUGGCAGAUGCAGCCCGUGAGGGCGAGGCCCGGGAGGGUUUGACUCUCCCGGACGAUAUUUAUGCCUUCUCAGUCUGGACUGCGGGAUAAUCGUGCAGGGCAUCGUGUCACCAUGUCAAGGCCAGAGGGGAGGUAUUAGGAACAAAUAUAAUACUACACCAUUUCCUCUUGGAGUGUGUAAAUGAACAGGCUUCUCAAAGGUUGAGACACUGGUUUUUUGUUUUUGUUUUUUAGAUGACUGUCUUAAAGCAUUCUUGACAGUAAAACGUGUGCUCCUUAAAAGAAGCCUUUUUUUCCCAGGAGGCGGGUAAGGUGCCAGAAUGCUAGCACAGAGCAAGUAUGAAACCAGAGAAAACUCAAGUUUGGUGGGGGUGUGUAUGUAUGAGUGCCUCUAAUUUUUUGGUGACUGGGCAGUGUACACCAGAUUUUUUUUCCCUUUGAAUACAGAUCACCAUGGUGCUACAACUAUUUUUUUUAAAGAAACUCAAAGAGGCAUUUUUAUGAAUAAAGUGACCUUCCCCAAGGCUGACAAGCCAGGGUUGAUGAGUGCAUAAGGGAAUAGCUUUGGAUACUCCUCUGGGGCACAAUAGGAACCAAGGAAAAGAUGCCAGUGGCCAGAGGAGAUGUGAUUUGGCUUUGCUGGAGCGCCAGUGUGCUGUGGCCUUUCCCCGACUCCUCCCCCAGUACCCACGUCUCGCUCCACACUCCACAACUACAGGGGCUCCGACAUAAACCCCUGUCACCUGGAGAGUCAGUCAGUACUACUUGGGAGGGCUAAAGGGAAAUUUGGAAUAAAAAUUCCAAAGUGUGGAAUAAAAAAAUUCAAGUGUUGAUUUUAUAUUCUUUCCCUUUCUGACACAGCCUGAAGCAUUGGGGGAACAUGUGUUUAUCUGUGGGAGAUAAACAAGGUGGAGUCCCAAAGACUUUAACAAAAUAUUUUUUUAAAAAUCCACUAGAAUAGAAAAUACAUUAUUUAGAUAUACUUUAUGCUGAGAGUGAGUAUAUAUGCUUGUCCUAUUUAAACUUGUGAGAAAAAGUGGUAUCCCUUGAUACAUUUAGAAUAUGGGGGCUAUCUUGUUUCAUUGUGGGGAUGGGGCUGAAGGAGAAUAAAUGCAGGAUGACCCUGUGUGUGAGGAAUCUCAGCGUGGCCAGGAAGGGGUGUCUCCAGUCAGUUACCAGGAAAUGCAAGCCUUGGGGGUUUCUACUGGUGAGGCUGUCCCGGACUCUCAGCUCCAAAGCCUAGACAGGGAAAAGCAUCAGACCAAUGGAAAAGAAAGCUUGCCUUUUUUGCUCUUGCACGACAUGUCAAUAGAAACCAUGCCUUUUGAACGAGAAAAGCAAAUUCAAUGAUCAUCAUGUGAUAUGAAAAAUUGGAAGAAUUCCAGCAAAAGAGGGGGUUUUAACAUAUUUUUAAAGUAUGUGUAAAGAAAAAAAAACAAACCAAGGUCAUAUUAUGGACAGAUUUCAUGAAUGGGAAUUUGUUAAGAAUUGUGAGCAGUUCUAAAUUAGAAAAGUAUGUGAACAAAAGGCAGCAAUAAAGGUACUGUGCCCUGGGGAGUUUGUACGCAUGCUGAGAUGUAAUCUGGGCUUACCUGAUCUGUUUGGAGUGGAUGUCACUGCUGGGUCUGCGUGCUCUUGGAACCGGUGAGUGGGGUUGCCAGCCUCGCCCGUACAAUCAGCUGUGUUCCCCAGACAUCAGGAGCUUCUCCGGAGUGGCAGAGUCCUAUUCGCAGACAGCAGCCACCAUUUCGCUGAAAUAAAAGUUCACAGCAUUGGAUUCUUUUUUCUUUAACUAUUUAUAUACUCAGUACUCUCAGUAAUAUCCAAUAAUACUACUUUUUAUUAAUAGUUACAGGCUUGUUGGUCCAGUGGGAUUUGGAUAGAGGAAAAAGAGAUACCUUCUAAAAUGGAUCGAUAGUCAGAACCAAAAUAAUACUGCAUGUCCUAUAACCACAAGGAAAUCAAAUGAUCCUGUAAUGAUUCCAGUUAGUCAUUACUACAUUAGCAGUGCUAAUUUCAUUUUAGAAAUGGUGACUUCUGUGGUUUUUCUAGCAUUUGUCUCUAACAAAUGAUGAAAUAAUAACUCAUGGCCCUCUCUGCCAACUCUUUCAUUUUUCACAGUGAAAUUAGACCCCUUUACUUCACCAUUGUGCCACUACAAAUUAAGUAAAAUAAGAUAAAAGUAGCAAGACUAUCCACACCAGUAGACUGUGUGCUUCUCUACCUAUAAGUGACGUAAUUGUAGGUAAUGCUUGCCGCGGAGUUUUCAGGAUGAUUGGUAUCAGACAGUUUUCAUCUUGUCCAAAAAGUGCUGGUGGCCUUUUGUGGUGUGUUACAACCCUCUGGGGGCUUAGCAGGAUGUCAAUGCAACUUUGUAGCAGCUUUUAAUUUCAAAAACAAUUCAAAAGUCUGAAGGACAGCCUUAGCUGCCUCUCAGCCCGUUAGUCAAACCCCAGCGACCUUUGGCCCUGGUCGCCUAGGGCUUUGCAACAUGAAGCAGGGAAAUAAGGAUCUGUCUGUUUAGUGGAUACCGUGUAUCCUUUAAUAGACCAGUUAACAGUCCGUGUUAGUUUAGACUAUUGUUUUGUACUGUACUUUCUUGGGUGGCAGAGGAAAGAAAAGUAAAACAUUAAAAAAAACUGCGUUCUUUAAAUUCUGUAUUAUUAGCAACCUCUGUUGUAUAUAGUGUUUGAUAAUAAAGUAUUAAUUUGAUUCUUAUGUCUUUUGUAAGUGAGAACAAUAGUCCUUCAGGAUACAAAACAUGCAUUAAGGCUUUGAAACAUCCAAUGUGUAUACUUGCUCGAGAAGAGUCACAAAUGGCCGAGACACUGCUCCACAGACGCGCGUGUGGUCGUCGCGCUCCCAAACGUGAGACUCCACCAUCUUGGGGCCCGGAACAACGUGACUUUUUGAUCACUAUUCUGUUCUCGGUGUUUUCACGGUCUGAUGUUGGAGCCCUAUGGUGGGGUUUCUUUUCCCCUCACCCCGGCAUGUUGGUUUGAAAAGGUUUAGGGAAUUCAGAAACAGUUCUGUACUUUGGUUUCAUUUCCUUUGUGGUGGUUUUCACAGCUUCACUUUGCCCCGGGGAAAAAUGACCGGUAUCACCCAGCCCGGGUGUGGGAAAGACUGCCAACAGUUCCUUCAGGAAGGUUCAGCGGGGCGGGUGUUUCCCUCUGUCACUGUGAAAGGAAGAGUUACACAGUACCUGUGGAUUUCCAGGAACGUUGCUUUUCUCUGGUGCCUUAGCAACGGCAGCAGCCAUUUUUAUUAGUUUUUCCCAAACUAGAAAAACAGUUUAAACUCCUCCUUUCCAUUCAUUGCUCCCAGAGCUGUGGUCACUAGUUUCUUUUGAGAACCACCUCCACCAACACCCCGUUUGCCUACAAACCCCUUUUAUUUCUUGUGUUUAUUUUUUUGUCUCUCUCCUUCCUCCCACGUUUUAUUUUCCCUCGGAACCUUGAAUGGGCAGGUCUGUCUCUGGUUUGGCAUCACUGAGCUUUUCCCAUGCAUUUGCCCCAGAGCUGCUCGGAUGUGAGACAAAUCUCCCUACAAUGGGCUUGCUCCCAUUGUCUGUACAGUUUAAUAGAUGCUGGCAUGUUGGAGGUUACCCAUGAGUCAAAAUCCGCUUUCCAUGCUUACUCUUGACACCCCAUUGAAGCCACUCAUUGUGUGUGCGUCUGGGUGUGAAGUCCAGCUCCGUGUGGUCCUGUGCUUGUACUGCCCUGCUUUGCACUUACUCAUCGAGUGCUGUUUUGAAAUGCUGACAUUAUAUAAACGUUAAGAAAAGUGUA